UAAUAAAAUAUAUUGAAUCAAUUUAAAAUGGAAAGAAAAUUAACGGAAAAAAGACUUGUUGAUUAUGUAGCAUUUAUAUCUCCUGAUAAAUCCCUUACUAACUUCAAAUUCACCCAAGAAUAUGGCACUGAUGGAUGCCUCCUCCAACAAGAACACAAGAGAUUGAUAUUAGACAUUGUCAUUGAUGAUUCAACUGGAGGAGACAGAAAAAUAAGGGAGUCAAGGCCUGAAGAGCUCACUGGUAGUAUUGAUUUUCUAAAGCAUGUCGAAAAACAAGAUGGUAAAGAAUAUAAAUUUGUACACUUUACUAUCACCAAUGAAGAAGGACAUAAUAAAUACAUCACAUUAAUAAUGUUUCAUAUUGACGAUUAUACAAACAAGAACUACCUUUGCACAGAUUACGACUCUGGCUCGAAGAACCCUUUUGGAACAAAGAUGAGAACUUUCUUCAAGACAAAAAGAGAAUAACACUAUUCCUAUAGCCAUCUGAUGUCUCUCAGAUUACCCGUUCUUUAGCAUUCACAAGCAGUUUCUAUCGCACCUCUAUGAAGCAGUAAUUAAGAAGAAUGCUACUGAAGUCAAAAGAAGGAGGAUCAGUCAACUUAAUCACUAUUUUACACCUGAAAGUGUAGAGGACCUCUACCUCACAGAAUUUUUGAUUUCUCUCUACCUCAACCAUCUCAAGGUCGACGAGGAAUAUGAUCCGGCUCAUAUAGUUUUAGAAAGACGAAGAAAGACAGAAAUUCCUUUAUUUCUACCAGACAAAGAGUCUGGGUGUGAUGCCAACAAAACUCAAUCCAUUGCCAGUGCUAACGAUUCUGAGAGCUACUAUAGAGACAACAACUCCAAGAUGGUUUUGGCUAAGCAACAAAUGCUAAGCUACUUUAACUCACAACUUUCAGGCUUAUCAAUAGAAAACCUCGACUAUGAUGUGCUGUUUAAAAACCUAAAGCCUAGCAGGAUAGUAACUUUGAUAGAAGCAAUGCUUCUCGAGAAGAAAAUAAUUCUGGUCCAUCCCAACCAUGGAAUCCUUGCAGUCAUAAUAGAAUGACUCAAAUCUCUGAUAAGACCAUUAAAAUGGUGAGGAGCUACCAGCUCAUUUAUGAUCGGCCCAAACAGUUUAGAAUUUAUGGACUCUCCAAUAGGAUUCAUUUACGGAUUUUCAAGAAAAAUAUGGGAUAGGGACAUCAUGAUCAACCUUGACAAAUCCAAACUUGAUGAAUAUUUCUUUGAAGACUCUGUAAUACUAGAAAUAGAUAAAGAUUACAUAAAAACCCAUCAUGAAACCUCUUUACCUGUUGAAAAGAGGAUGAUGCUGGUCAAAGGAAUCGAAAAUUUAAUAGGAUCAAAGGAUGAGAAAUUAGCAGAAUUUACUACAAAAUAUCCUCAUCUACACUCUUUCAAAUACGACCAGCUCUUUUGGAAGUAUGUAGAGCUCCACACAAAAAGGCUAUUUCUAAACUUCUUCAUCACAACAAUAAACAAUUACCUAGGAUACUACAAAACAGAAGAGGAAAUAAGUAAAGUUAAGGUCUUAAGAGCAGAAGCAAUCUUCGACUUUCGGAAAUAUUUUAGCUCAUAUCCUCAAAAAGAACAAGAAUUUAUGAAAGAUUUGACAAAUACACAGGCUUUCAAUCUAUUCAUUGAAAGUUCGUACAAACCUAAUUGAGGAGGAGAUAAUGAUAUUAAGAAAUUUAUCCAAAUAAUCCAGAUGCUGGAGCAAGAUAAAUUUCCAACUGUUGACUCCAUAGAGAAAGCUUAUGCCAAUCCGAUAAAAUACGACUAUGACCAUUGACUCAAACAAUACACAACCAGAAUUAACGAAGUUAAUUUUGAUGAAGAAACAUGGGAUAAACCUGAAGAGGGACACAUUCUAAAUUUUCAGUUCUUCUCUCCUUCCAGAAUAAUGCAAAUGCCUGGAAUCAAUUAUGACAAAAUCAAAGUUUACAGAGAAGCUAAGAGGCAUAAAAAGUUUACUUCAAUGGGCAACAUUUCUGAUAUCAAAAAGAACUUCCAGAAUGACCUCCAGCCGAAAAGCAAUGCAGCAGAUACUGAAAAGAAAAAUAGAAGAUUUAAGAGUAUUUGCAACAUCAGGAACUUUCGAAAAUCUGAAGAUAUGGAAUCCCCAAGUGCUGAUUACCUUGCAUCAAGUGGAGUCAAGAAAUAUAACAGAGCCCUUGAAUCAAGAAACAUCACUAACAGCCCUCCUCUCUGACCAAAACAAUCAGUUAAUAGUUCAUAUGGAGUUAUUAAAUUCAACAUCUCGAUGGAAGAAGAUAAGUUAAAAAGUAUCAGGAAGAAGGCUAAAGACAAAGGCCUGUUUAAGUUUGAUGCUACCAGCACUAUGAGGCUUGUCAAAGCUAACUCUCAGGUUAGAAAAAGCAAGCCAAAGAAUUUUAUAAAGAAACCAGAGCUACAAUUCUGAUCAGUUUCACCAAAAGUUUCUACCCAGAAAAAUUCUCCAAUCGGAUAUAAUCGAAGAAAAUUUAUGAAAAAGUUGAGUAAUCAUUCCCAAACAUUCUUGGCAAUGAAUCCUUCUAAAAAUAGAAGAAUGAAGUCAAACUUAGAAUUUGGACCAAAAGGAUCGGUUGAGUGGCCAUGAAACUAUAAAUCUAACGGUGAAUUUGGAAAGACAUCAUUCAGAAAAUAAGCAAAAUUUCAAAGAUUUAAAAUGAUUCUCAAGAAAAUUAUCCCCAAACGAUACAACACAAAGAUCCUCUCCUAAAGCUUGAAAUGAAAAAGCUAUUGAGAACUACAGAUACAAGUACCAAAGAUGGAAAAAUAAAUCAAGCAUAACCUCAAUCUUCAAAAGUUCCAACACUCAAUCAAGGAGGGGAUCCAACUAUGACGAAUAUGAAGAAUCCUUAAAAGACUCAAAAUUCAGCGAUUACAGAGAAACAGAAAACAGUAGCAAAAGAAGCUACUACAAAAGGUCUAACUCCAGAUGUAGCAAAAAAUCAAAACCUAAAAUAACCACAAAUCCGCACCCCUUAGUGCCAAAAUCUUUCAAAAAGUCUAAAAAGUUCACUUCAAAUGCUACCCUAACACAUGACAAAUCUCUUUCCCGAUUACAAAAAAUCAAGGCCAAAGUGCAAAGAUGUAAAUAGGAGGGUCAACAGAAUAUCAAAAGAGAAUUACCCUGAGUACUUGACUUACAAGUCAGGAAAUAACAUCCCUCAACCUCAUAUGAGAAACAAUUCAAAUGCAGACACAAAGUAUUUGUGUCUGAAGUCAGAUGCAGUUAGUUCUGAUUCUGAUAAGACUGCCAAGGGCAUGAGCAUGCUCUCAGAGAAUAAAGGAGGCGUAAGGAGACUCCCUGUCUUUAGAGCCAAGAAAUUAUCCAUGAAAAUGAAAAGUAUAGAAGCGACUCCUAAGAUUGUAUUGAAUAAUUAGGUCGGUUUGACGAAGUUUAGCUCACUAGAUCUGAACACAAUGAAGAAUGCUUAAAUUUAGUAGUAAAUUUAGCAGAAAAGAU